AGACAAGAGCCAUCGUUGGAUUUCUAGAAGAGAUAGACAACGAAGACAAUCUGUUAAUCAAUUAAUCGUGAUUAAGAAUAUAGAGUACUGUGUAUUCCCUCUUCACACUGUCUUUACAUUGAUAAUCCGAGUAUGCGCACUGAACGCCAUUGUCUGCCAGCAGCAAGAGUGAGAGCGAGCGCGCAGAUAUGAUAGUGCAGGGGAGCGGCAUACAUUGACCCGAAUCUCCGGGAACCGGAGAACAAGUGGACUCACAUCGUUGGAAAGACAUACUGGCAGACAGACAGCAACAGUUGUCAUUGCUAUGAUCAGCUGAGCCAGUCAAGGCAAAAUAAUACAUGUAAAUGUGGUAGCCAAUUGCGGAGAAGCGCUACUGUCGGAUACGUUUGUUGCGCUUUGUUUGUCAACCUUGUUGUGAUUUGGGGCAAGCUACCUGUCAUUAGCUGUGAGGGAAAACGUGUUGCUUAUCUUUACCGUUUUGUUUUUCAGUCAUUCGUUUGACAUCAUCCUAUAGAUUCUAUUUUUUUCUCGGUUGGUGUGAAUCAAAGCACCCAGUCGCUCAUGCUGCGGUCAGGGAAAUGGGCUGUUGCGUCUGUUAGUCAGACUUGACAACCCAGAUUUUUUUUUAGGUGCCGUUUUGUCUUUGGCAAAGGGCGAGAAGUCCACUGCAGACAGGCGUGUCGGGGGCGAUUCCAGUGACGGCUCGACUCUCUGCGGAGCCCCCAUUUCAACAACCCCCACCCAUUUUGCUCGGGUACUUUGGAUGGGGGGCAAGCAAAGUACGGCAGGGCGGCCACGGGGUGCUUUUCCCGGUGUCUCGACGGAUGACAGCGCAGUGCCGCCCUCGGCUCACUUUGGCCACUACCGACCGAGUGGCACUAUGGGGCUACGCAGCCGCUCAGUGAGUUCAGUGGCUGGGAUGGGCAUAGAACAUAGUCCUGCGGUGCCCUUUGGGUUUUAUACCCCCAGAGGAACUGACUCGGACAGGGCCGGAGGGGGGUCUGGCACUAACGCUGCCCAUGGUAACGGCUACCAGGAAACAGGCGGCGGGCAUCACACGGACGGUAUGCUCUAUCUGGGAUCCCGAGGGUCGUUGGCAGACACCUUGCCCCUGCACAUUGCACCCCGGUGGUUUAGCGCCCACAGUGGGUUCAAGUGUCCUGUCUGCUCCAAGUCUGUGGCGUCCAAUGAGAUGGAGGUGCACUUCAUCAUGUGUCUAAGCAAGCCCCGCCUGUCCUAUAAUGAUGACGUGCUAGCAAGGGAUGCCGGGGAAUGUGUGAUCUGUCUGGAGGAGCUGCAGCAAGGAGACACCAUCGCCAGACUGCCUUGUCUCUGCAUCUAUCACAAAAGCUGUAUAGACUCCUGGUUUGAGAUUAAUCGGUCCUGCCCUGAGCAUCCUUCAGACUGACUGACCUCUGUGCUGCUACUACUACUCCUUCAAGGGCACUUUAUGGUCCAACCAUGGAUAACUGGAUACUGAAGUAACCAAAAAAAUGAAACAAUCAAAACAACCAAUCAAUCAAUAUCAAGAAAAUUCCUAGCAAACUGAACCAAAAGAAGAAACAUCAAGCCAAUACUGUCACUUCCACAUGCAUUACAGAGUGCCCCUCCUCCCUGCCCCUUCAGCCCGAGAGACUGCCAGUCGGGCCCAACCAGGCUGACCAUCCCUCCAGACAAACUGCCUCAUCAGGCCGCUUGUCCCCCCACCCCAGCCAGCCAGUUGCCCCACCACAUGCCCUGGCCCCCUGCUCUGCCCUCCAUUCUGCCUCCAGAGUAUAGCGCUCCCUGUCACUCAUCUGGAUCCAGUCCUCACAUGGCCUUCACCGGAAGAGACAGGGGAGGAAGAAUCGGGCUGGAUGCACCCUGUGUGCCAGGGAAAGGUCGACUCCCAGGACGUUGUCUGAUCAUCAGACAGAAGCCCCCCCAAUCACUAUAGUUACAGCACCCACCCACUCACUCAUUAGCUGGAGUCACAUGUGCUUCUCUUAGUCUUCGCUUUGAGGUGGAUUAGCUGUAUGUGAGAUGACGAAUUGGUGGGGCAGGCAGGGUCUGUCUGUGUAGGUUUCUGUGUGUGUGGGUGGGUGGUGUCAGGUGUGUAGUUUAUGCUUCUCUAUGCGUUUGGGCAGUGAAGAUGCCAGUCAAACUACACUUGUUCUGUGUGUGGAGGGGGUACAUUGUUUAUGCUUGGUGGUGUGUGAAUGUGUGCUUGUGUGUUGUAGGGGGCAGUUGGGGUUCGUUGGUUUACGUUCUUCUAUGUGCUGGGCGGUGAGGAUGAUGUCAGUCACCAUACCUGUGGUGUGGUUGGGGUGAUGAUGAUCUCUGUAGUGUGAGAGCCUGAUUUGCUAAAGGGUCAAAUAGAAGUCUGAGACAAUACUGUGUGUUGGUCUGUGUUUGAAACGUUUACAAUUUAGAUGUCCAUUUUCCCUGUGUGAAUGUGUAAUUUCUCCCUUUAUUUCGCUAAUGUUUACAGUUACAGAAAAUCAACAUGACAUAUUCUAUGUAGUUAUUUUUGUCCACCAGGUUUUUGCUGUGAUGGGGACACUAAUCAGAAUGAGUCAUUUCUUUGUAGGGGCCUUGAGUGUGUUCAUGUGAGAGUGUGUGUGUGUGAUGCAUCUUGGCCUAAGAGACUGUCUGUGCCACAUAUGCUUUCUGCUGAAAUAGGUAAUGUCCUCUCUGGUUGUGUUGACUUACUGUAAUGGACCCAUCAACCCAAACAUUUUAGUGCUAUUCCGGGGUUACAACUGAGCUACUCCGGGGUUACAACUGAGCUACUCCGGGGUUACAACUGAGCUAUUCCGGGGUUACAAUUUAUUUAUUCACAUUUAAGAUUUGUUUUUCCAAAUCGGUGAGAAAACUCACAGUACUCUUCAGAAUGCCUCUAAUGUAUAAAGAAUAACAGAAUGGUGUUUCUGUGAGGAAAAAAAAGACUGAAAUUUUUCUUCCAUUUGUGCUAGAUUAAAAUAAAUGUAGAGAAUAGUAUUUUUGCAGGGUUAUCUGCUUCAUACCCGUGAGGGCACUACAAAAACCAUUUAUUAAGCAAGCAGACAACCACCAAGCUUCUCAGACACAGGGGAGACAGACUACUAGUCAGUUAUGAUAUAAAGUAUAUAAGUUAACGUCUCCUGCUAACUGUAGCCCUGCUCAACGCUCUAAAGGGCCAUACCAUCAUUUCUUGCUUUAUUUAGUUUUAAUGUCUUUUGAUUACUUUUUUUUCCAAGGAUGUGAAUGGAUGCCUGUUUUGGAGGUAUCAACUAAUUGUCUCAUGAUUUUGAUGUGCAAUCUGUGGGAUGAGUAAUGAUAAAUAUAAUAAUAAAAGUCUAAAUAAA